AUGGCGGAGGAGAACUGCACCUCUGUGGCAGAGUUUGUCCUCCUUGGGUUGUCAGAUGCCCCUGAGCUGAGAGUCUUUCUCUCCCCUCUGUUCCUGCUCAUCUAUGCAGUCACAGUUGUGGGUAAUCUGGGCAUGAUCGCAUUGAUCCAGGUCAGCUCCCGUCUUCACACCCCCAUGUACUUCUUCCUCAGCCACUUAUCCUUUGUGGAUUUCUGCUACUCCACAGUCACUGUGCCUAAGAUGCUGGCCAACAUCUUAAACCAGGAAAAAGCCAUCUCCUUCCUGGCGUGCAUGAUGCAGUUUUAUUUGUUUUGCUCAUUUGCCAUCACUGAGGUCUUCCUGCUGGCUGCAAUGGCCUAUGACCGCUUCUUGGCCAUCUGUAGUCCACUGCUAUACAUGGUCUCCAUGUCCCCACAUGUCCGUAUGGCGCUGGUUUCUGGCUGCUACCUCACUGGAGCUGCAUGUUCUCUCCUUCACUUGGGUCUUGCUCUUAGAAUCCCUUCCUUUAGGUCAAAUGUGAUUAACCACUUCCUUUGUGACCUACCACCUAUCUUUAGCCUUGCCUGCUCGGACACCUCCAUCAAUGAGCUUGUGGUGUUCAUUGUGGCCACCUUCAACGAGAUCAUCACCACUGUGGUCAUCCUCACCUCCUACUUGUUCAUUCUCAUCACCAUCCUGAGGAUGCCCUCUGCAGAGGGCAGGCGCAAAGCCUUUUCCACCUGUGCCUCUCACCUCACCGCCAUUGUUGUCUUUCAGGGGACGAUUAUUUUCAUGUAUUGCCGGUCCAGUUCAGGUGGUAGUGAGGAUACUGACAAAGUGGCUUCAGUUUUCUACACUGUCGUAAUUCCCAUGCUGAAUCCCCUGAUCUACAGUCUGAGGAACAAGGAUGUGAAAGAAGCUCUCAGGAACAUGCUGGGAUCAAAAUUAUCUUUAGAAAAACUUGUUAGGCUAGGAUUUUAUCAAAGACACUAA